CGGUGCACGGAAGCGGCGCGGGCUGAAAAUAAAAGUUUGUUGUUUUUUGAUCGGGACGACUGGACGAAAGAGACAAGUUGAUCGCGCAAAAUGAGAGUUGCGGUGGUGCAGAGGUGCGUUUUCGGGCCAGGGCACUCGGGGCAGCGGCCGACGUGAUCAGGUCGGAGGGCAGGAGUGGGGCGAAGCGGCCCUCGAAGCAGUCAACGAUGGACAAAACUAUACUUAGUUGUCGUCUGUAAACAUGGCGGUGUCCCACUGACAGACAGGACUUGUUGGUUUCGCCAAACGAACGACCUGUCAUGUUCUCGUCGCCGUCGACGCUUUCCGUCGACCAGGUGCCCUACGACUUCGAGAAGGAGGAGAACUCGCAGAAAUGGAACGGCGUCUUCGUUCACUCCUUCCAGAAGGUGCUGGAGCAGGUGCAUCCACGGCUCAAGCUGCAGGACGACGCCCUUCGCUACAUCGAGAAGCUCAUGCUCAGGCUCCUCAGCAUGCUCUGCGCCAGGCCACAGCCCCACUCGGUGCAAGAUGUUGAGGAGCGCGUGAAGAAAACAUUCCCAAACCCGAUUUAUGUGUGGGCUGUCAAGGAGGCCAAGGACGCCAUUGAGAAGGGCAAGAAGAAGUCGCCCUUGGUCAUGCCUGUCGACAAAAUCCAUUCCCUCUUGCAGAAGGAGGUUCUGCACCACAAAAUAGACUCCCAAGUUGCUCUGUUUGUAGUCGCCGUUCUCGAGUACAUUUCCGCUGACAUUCUAUUGUUGACGGGUUCGUAUGUGAAAAACAUCCACAAUGUGUACAUAUCGAGCCAGGACAUCCAGAUUGCCAUCUGCGCGGACAAGGUGCUGAUGGACAUGUUCCAUCAGGAGGAGGACAAGAUCCCGAUCACCACCCUGCCGCCUGCAGUAACGAACCACAUUGAGGAUGAAGACUCGCCUGUGGUCAGGGCCUCAGUGACUUACGAGGAGGUCGUCAAGGACCUGAUCCAUGAUGAGAAGCAGUACCUGCGUGACCUGAACAUGAUCACCAAAGUCUUCCGAGAGGAGAUUGCCAAGUUGGUCCCUCCAGGCAGCAGGGACCUGGACCUCAUCUUCAGUGAGAUAAUGGAUAUUUACGAGGUCACGCUGAUCCUGCUUGGAUCUCUGGAGGACAUGGUUGAGAUUUCCGAGGAGAACCAGGUUCCUGCUGUGGGCAGUUGCUUCGAGGAACUGGCAGAGGCUGCCGAGUUUGACGUUUACCGGCGGUAUGCCAAAGACCUGACGCACCCACGGUGCAAAGAGGCACUUGCACAUUUACUGGCCAGGCCAGAAGUGAGCGACGCUCUUCAGUCGGCAGGGCACGGCUUUCGAGAGGCUGUCAAGUAUUAUAUGCCGAAACUGCUGUUGGGACCAGUGUGGCACUGCUUUUUGUACUUCGAAUACUUCCAAAUUUUAAACCAACUGACAAGGCAAAGCGAUGAUCGGGAGAGCCUGGAACAGGUGCAGGGUCUGCUGACGCCCCUCAAAGUGGUCAUCGGUGAGUCAGUCAAGCACCUGCCCAGAGAUCGUGACAUAUAUGGUGUAAGAAUGCAUGGCCGAGCAAGGCGGCAAGCGGCCAUGAAGAAAAUCAAUGAACUGCAAAAAUCGAUAGAGGGCUGGGACAGCAAAGACAUCGGCCAAAGUUGCAACGAGUUUAUCAGAGAGGACACGCUGAUCAAAGUGGGUCCAGGCAAGAAGUUGUCAGAGCGGAAAGUAUUUUUGUUUGAUGGACUGGUGGUUUUGUGCAAACUGAACAGCAGGAGGUCUUCGGUCACUGGUCCUGUGGCGGGCGAGUACAGAAUGAAGGAAAAGUUUCACAUACGUAGGGUAGAAAUCCACGACAAGGAAGACACAGACGAAUAUAAAAGUGCAUUUGAAAUAGCACCCAGAAGUCAACCUAGUGUAAUCCUAAUGGCCAAAUCUUUAGAAGAUAAGAACAAUUGGAUGGCUGAUCUAGUUAUGUUAAACACAAAGAGUAUGCUCGAGCGGACGCUGGACUCGAUCUUAUUGGAUGAGGAGAAAAAGCAUCCUUUGCGGCUGCCCUCUCCAAGAAUAUACAAGUUUGCUGAGGCAGACUGUCCGACCAACAUUGUUCUGGAGGAGCGGGAGAGCAAUGGGGUGCCCCUGAUUAAGGGCGCCACGUUGUAUAAACUGGUCGAGCGCCUUACCUACCACAUUUAUUCUGAUCCCAUGUUUGUGCGCACCUUCCUCACAACCUUUCGCAGUUUCUGCUCUCCUCAGGAGCUUUUAUGUCUUCUGAUCGAGAGAUUCAACAUUCCCGACCCGUCGCAAGUAUUUGAAGAGACAACUUGUGACGGGGAGAAAACGCUGAAAAACUCACAGAGGGAAGACUGGAAAAGAUACAGAAAGGAGUUUACCCAGCCUGUGCAAUUCAGAGUGUUGAAUGUGCUGCGGCAUUGGGUGGACCAUCACUUUUACGACUUCGAGCGGGACCCCGAGGUCUUAAGGACGCUGCACGAGUUUCUUGACACCGUCACUUCUAAGUCAAUGCGCAAGUGGGUCGAUUCGGUGCUCAAGAUUGUCCAGAGAAAGAGUGAUCCUCAAGAUCAGCAGAGAGAAAUCACGUUCAACUUCGAUCGAUCUCCGCCACCUAUUGAAACGCACAUUCAGUGUGCUGAGCACGAAUGGACAGUUCUUACGCUGCACCCAAUUGAGAUAGCACGGCAGUUGACUCUACUGCACUUCGAGCUGUACAGGGCAGUAAAGCCCUCCGAGCUGGUGGGCGCGGUGUGGACUAAGAAGGACAAGGAGAAGACAUCGCCCAACCUUCUCAAGAUGAUGCGCCACACAACCAAUUUCACUUUUUGGCUAGAGAAGUCCAUCAUAGAGACAGAAAACUUGGAAGAGCGCGUCGCCGUUAUGUCCAGAAUCAUCGACAUCAUGAUGGUCAUGCAGGAGCUCAACAACUUCAACGGUGUCCUAGCCGUUGUCUCUGCAAUGGGCUCUGCCUCCGUCUUCAGACUCAAGAUGACCUACCAGGCCAUUCCGACAAACCUGAAGAAGGCCAUGGAGGAGGCCAGGGAGCUGAACAACGACCACUUCCGCAAGUACCAGGAGAAACUGCGCUCCAUCAACCCUCCAUGCGUCCCCUUUCUUGGAAUGUACCUCACAAAUAUCCUGCACAUUGAGGAGGGCAACCCUGACUACCUGCCAAACUCACCAGAGCUUAUCAACUUCAACAAAAGGAGGAAGGUGGCGGAAAUCACUGGAGAAAUCCAACAGUACCAAAACCAGCCCUACUGCUUGAAAAUCGAGCCUAAAAUCAGAAACUUUUUGGAAACGUUGGACCCUUUUGGAGACCAGAGAGAACACGACGUCAGUACUUAUCUGUACAACAAGUCCCUCGAGUUAGAGCCCCGAGCCUGUAAACAACUCCCUCGAUUUCCGCGCAAGUGGCCAGAGAUGAACUUGAAGUCGCCAGGCAUCAAGCCGCGGAAUCUGCCUGGGCGGACAUACCCAACCCCGCUGCCCCCCGUCCGAAGACUGAACGACAAUGGCGAGGACACCCCCCGCACACCCUCCAUGUCCACUUGCUCACCCAUCACUCCCACAGGGCCCAACAGCUCUUCAGACUUUAGCGUCUUUGCACCCAUAAUCAUUGGACAAACUGGUGUGACCCUUCCGAGCGGGAACUUGUCUCCGGGGGCAGCGUCGACCGCUUCUAACAUUUCGCCGAGCUCAAGCAUCGCCACGUCGCCCGCCGCGGUUGACGCGCCGCCCAUCCCUCCGCUGCCCUACUCACAGCAGCCCCUAGCCUCUAACAACCCUCCGCCCCCUCUGCCGCCCCGCAGGAGGCGCGAAAAUUCCAUCAGCGAGUCUCCAAAUCCAAAUAAGAUGGUGCAAUCUCGUCAAGCGCCAGACGCGCCAAUUUUGCCUCCGCGCGAGAACUCGUCGCCUCCGCCGCUGCCCCCGCGGCGGGACCUAAGCUUCGGGGGCGGCACCAUGCCCAGACAGGCACACCGAUCUCCCAUGGAAUUUGCCCCAACGUCGCCUGGCGAAUCUAGUCUUCUGCAGCGGCGCAACUCGACCAUGGACAUGCUGCCCAUUGUGCCCAUCCCGCCGCCGCCCAUGGCGCAGCCUCGCCGCCGCGUCUCCUCCAACGAAAUCGCCAUCAACAACCACAUCCAAGAGCACAGUCGGCAUUCAAUCCACGAGCGGUGGAAUAACAGUUACUCGCAACUGGGCCAGCUGGACUCGCCGCCGUACAUUCUGGCGCCGCAGCGAUCUCCGGACAGCGUGCGUGGCUCGCCGUCGCCGCACCUGCUGCCCUCCCCGAAAAGUGUGUCAGGUCAGAGCAUAUCAGUGGCGGCGGCAGGCAGAAACUCUGGUCCCCAAUUGCCCCCGAAGCCUUGCAAGCCGUCGAUGUUUCCCUUCACCGAGCACAACAUCCCCAGAUAGUAACCUUCCCCUCUGAAAACAAAGAGAGAUUCCUUGUGAUAAACCGACAAAUUGAAAAUAUAAUAUUUUGCAUCGCGAGUUUGCUGACUAGCUGCGCGGCGAAAAGAAAGAGAAGCUUGCUUGCUUUGCCAUCCGAUCGCUCGCCCGAUUGAAACUUAACAAUAAUCGGUGUUUCCGAACUAAAAAGUAGCAAAAUUCAUUAGCCCAGCCCACUUUGACAAUUCCAGCGUAGACCCUGAGAGUGUUUUCGACAGGGGAAUCAAAACCAAGUAUUUAGGCGGAGGAUUAAAGAGAAAAAAAAUAGUGAUGCUUUAAUUAACUCAGUGUACAUACACGGUGACGAUUAAACAUUAGUGUGGCAGAAAAAGAGAAAUUUAAAUGUUCCUAUAUCCCACGAGAUGUAUUCCAAGUGAGUCUUUUCCGUUUUCGAUUUGCCCCAGCAAUGUUGCCGCUAAAUGUGAUUUAGGUUAUUUAUUUUCAUGUGUAAGAUUCGCGCAAAUGCCAAAUAUAAGAUAAAAAAUCUUAUCAACGUCGUGUAAGACUAUUUAUCCAGAGCAGAGGUGGCGAAAAUUUAUGCACAAACACUUAUAAAUAUUAUAUAGAGUUGUUUUCAUUGUACAAUGCCAUAAAUUUUAUUGCGCUCUCAUUUUAUUAUAUAUGUACGAUUAAAGAAGUUUUUGCAGACAAGAUUUAAUGAAUUGUGAAUGUGAUAAAAUCAAAAUGCUGGAAAAUUUAAUAGGGCUUCGGAAAAGAUUUUAUUAGGCAGUUUAUUUUGCAUUUUAUUCCUUGACUUUGGAAUGACCUUGUUUAAACUUUUACAAUAAUUCUGACCUCUGACCGAGUUACUUUUACAAACACCCGCGUAAUUUUUUUCUUCCUACAUAUCAUGUGCAUCAUUCUAAGUGUGCAUCUUCUUUGUGGAUAUAAUUUAUGUAUCAUGUUGUAUAUAAAUAUAGUGAAAAUCUUGAGUCAAAAAUAA